AAAAAAAUACUAACGCUUGUUUUUCAUCUUCAUCUCCAGCUCCAUCUCCAUCUAUUUCUUCUUAAUUGUUUCUCUGUGUAUAAAUUUUUAGAUUUUCAAUUAUAAUCGGAAAAAAAAACCAAAAAAUCAAAUAAAAAUGCAGAGGAUAAUUGCUGCAAGUUCUUUUUGCAGCAAAAUUUUGAGAAAAGAAAGACAGCGGGCUUUUUUCUCUUCAACUUCCUUACUCUUUGAUGAAACUCAAUUACAGUUCAAAGAAAGUGUUAGGCAAUUUGCACAAGAAAAUAUCGCGGCUCAUGCUUCCAAGAUCGACCAAUCUAAUUCUUUCCCCAAGGAGGUUAAUUUAUGGAAGCUCAUGGGGGAUUUUAAUCUUCAUGGGAUAACUGCCCCAGAGGAAUAUGGAGGACUUGGUCUUGGUUACUUGUAUCACUGCAUAGCAAUGGAAGAAAUAAGCCGUGCUUCGGGGUCGGUUGGUCUUUCCUAUGGUGCUCAUUCUAAUCUGUGCAUCAAUCAGUUGGUGAGGAAUGGAAAUCCUGCCCAGAAAGAGAAAUACUUACCAAAGCUCAUCAGUGGAGAGCAUGUAGGAGCCCUUGCUAUGAGUGAACCCAAUGCUGGCUCUGAUGUUGUUAGCAUGAAGUGCAAAGCUGAUCGGGUUGAUGGGGGUUAUCUUCUAAAUGGGAACAAGAUGUGGUGCACUAAUGGUCCCGUUGCUCAAACAUUGGUUGUUUAUGCGAAGACAGAUGUCACAGCUGGCUCAAAAGGAAUUACAGCAUUUAUUGUUGAGAAGGGAAUACCUGGAUAUACCACUGCUCAGAAAUUGGACAAACUUGGGAUGCGAGGAAGUGAUACAUGUGAGCUUGUCUUUGAGAAUUGCUUCAUUCCAGAAGAAAAUGUUCUUGGCAAAGAAGGAAAAGGAGUUUAUGUAUUGAUGUCAGGACUAGAUUUGGAGAGACUUGUUUUGUCCGCUGGGCCCAUUGGUAUAAUGCAGGCAUGUCUUGAUGUUGUUCUUCCUUACAUACGAGAGAGGUCACAGUUUGGCCGGCCUAUCGGGGAAUUUCAGUUUAUUCAGGGGAAAGUUGCCGACAUGUAUACUUCUCUUCAAUCAUCAAGGUCCUAUGCCUAUUCUGUUGCAAGGGACUGCGACAAUGGGAGAGUUGACCCUAAGGACUGUGCUGGAGUUAUACUUUGUGCUGCUGAACGAGCCACUCAAGUUGCUUUGCAGGCUAUACAAUGUUUAGGUGGUAACGGAUAUGUAAAUGAGUACACAACCGGCCGUCUGCUUCGAGAUGCGAAGCUGUAUGAAAUCGGAGCAGGAACAAGUGAGAUAAGAAGAAUGGUGAUUGGUCGUGAGCUUUUUAAGGAGGAGUAAGAGAGUGAAAGCUGUUGCUAACAAUACCAAAAAUCUGCAUGUUUGUACAAUAAAAUAACAGUUCAUAGAAAUAAUCAAAUCUCAUUUCUCAUAAA